AUGGGGGUAUUAAGUGAAAUAUUUUCUAGAUGGGGAUAUCCGGAAUUGUUAGUAUCGGAUAACGGACCGCAAUUUACUAGUUAUUCAUUCAAAGAAUAUUGCAAGAGACAUAGAAUAAACCACAUACUGACCCCUCCUUACCACCCGAGCUCCAACGGAGGGGCGGAACGGAUGGUGAGAACAGUUAAAACUGCCAUGGAGAAAAAUGCAACCAAUAACAAGUACAAUAAUUUAAAUGAAUUCUUAUUAGUUUAUAAAAACACCCAGCAUACGACUACGGGACAAACCCUAGCACUGAUGAUGUUUAGACGGAAUGCUUGGAAUUAUCUUAAAAUGAUUAAAGAAACCCAUGAGAGCAAACAAGACGAUACGCACGCAGAUCAAAGAGUUACAUUUUUCAAGAUAGGACAAUCAUUAAGGACGAAUAGUGACAAAGUAAAGUGGAUCAAGGGGACUAUAGUGGGCCGAUCGGGGAAGUUCAUAUAUACUGUGGAUAGUGCUAAGGGCAGUGGAAGAGACAUAAGGAUCAAAUUAGAAAAUCUUUUUAAAAAAGGGAGAUUGCUACAAUAUAAACUUGCAGUCCAAGGCAGUUUAAGACCCUUUGGUUCUCUUGAAAGUCCUGAAUUAUGUGAUGAUGAUGGAAAACCUUAUUGUUUAUGUGGUGAUGGAUACAUUUUAAAAUCUGAUCAAAAAUCAUGUGUAAUAAAUCCAUGCUCUAAUAAUCCUUGUAAAAAUUCAUUAUGCUUGCCUUUAGAGGAAAAUUUUCGUUGCUAUUGCCCGCGGUCAGGAUUUUUAUAUAAGAACAAUAUUUGUUGUGAUGAUGUUUAUAUUAAUAAUUGUUUUUGUUCGAUGUCAAAACCAUUUUUUGAAACAAUAUGUAACUCUAAUUGUAAAAGUUGCCAGUAUCGAUGCAGUAUAAAUAAAUAUGGAAACAUUAUAUGUUUAUGUCCAAAAGGAAUGAUUUUGUCGCAAAAUAGUAAAACUUGCGAAAAAGAUGAUUGUUCUAUUAAUAAUGGAAAUUGUUCGGAUUUAUGUAAAAUGAAUAAUGGUCUUCCUAAAUGUUAUUGCUAUAAUAAUACCGCUUUAUUAAUUAAUGAAAAGCUUUGUUGUAAUUCAACAAUUUGUAAAUAUCCUAUUACCUAUUUCAAAUCACAAAUUAAUUCUUAUAUUGUAAACCCAUGUAAAAUCAAUAAUGGUGGUUGUAGCGAUUUUUGUUACUAUGAUUUUGAUCUUCUAAGACAAUAUUGUAUUUGUCCUUUAAAAAAAAUCUUAAAUAAAUUGAAUAAAAAGAUUUGUGAAACAUGUCCUGAAAGUCAAAAGUGCUCAGAUUGUCAAAUAGAUUUGGAUGAAACAAUAUGCAAUUGUAAAGUAAACAAUAAGAAUGUGUUUGCAUUGCCUUCAUAUGAUAUAUUUAAAAAAACAUUCACUAUUAGUUCUUGUUGUUCCAUAGAUCUUAUUGACAAUUUACCCAAAUGCAAUUGCUCUAUUGCACAUAUUAAAAUUUUUACUGAGAAUGGUUAUGUAUGUGUACCAGAUUUAUGCAAUAUUGAAGGGCAUAAUUGUGACCAUUACUGUGGCUUGAAAUUAAUUUCAUCUUCACUUAAAAAGAUUUGCUCAUGCAGAAGGGGAUUUUUUUUAUCUUCCAACCAAUAUUCGUGUUGUGAAGAAAAUUCAAAUGAUUGUAAUUGUUUAAAUAACCCAGAAAUUUGUUGUCCAGAUUUAUGUUCAUUAGAAAAAAAUAAAUGUAGCCAUGAAUGUCAAGUAAUAAAUGAAAAUAAAGUUUGUUCAAAAAUUUGCAAAUGCCCCAAUGGAAUGUUUCUAGGAAAAGAUGGUCAAAACUGUUAUCAAGAUCAUUGCUAUCAUAACAAUGCCGGAUGUCAACAUAUAUGUCAUUCAUUUUAUUUUAAUGAGGGUAUAAAAAUGAUGACGCCAUGUUUUUGUCAUCCAGGAUAUAUUUUAUUAUCGGAUGGCAAAAAUUGUCAUAAAAAUGAUGAAUGUUUAAUAAACAAUGGGGGAUGUGUUGGUAUAUGUUUUAUAUACAAAGGAGUUAAACAAUGUUCUUGCAAAAAUCUUAAUAGUCCGAAUAGUGAUAUUAAAUGGUUUUUACAUGGUGACGGAUACUCUUGUUGUUCCUUAAAUUUCCAAAAAUGUCUAUGUAACAAAACUUCAAUAUUAUCAAAAGACCAAAGACUUUGUAUAAAUAAUCCUUGUUUAAUAAAUAAUGGGGGAUGUGCUGAUCAAUGUUAUUUAAUAUUUAGAAAUGAAUAUGAACCAAUUGCCACAUGUAGAUGUUCAUUACCUUAUUUUCUCUCAGGAAACUCACAUUCUUGUUGCAGAUAUGAUAAUAACGAAUCGGAAUGUUAUUGUGCUCCCAAUUAUAUAAGUAUUAAAAAUUCAUCAGUAUGUUUAUAUGAUAUUUGCCAUGUUGACAACGGUGGUUGCAGUCAAGCAUGCUCAUUUAAUGGAAACGAAGUCAUGUGUUCAUGUUACUCGAAUUUUCAAUUAAUGAAUGAUAAAAGAUCAUGUUGUUAUUACAACAAUAUAACUUGUGUUUGUGGAAAAGAUUCUAUUUAUAUAAACUCAACUUGUUACCAAUCAUUUAAAAAUAAUGUAAACGAAGAUACACUCAUGAUAUUUGAUAAAAAUGAUUUAAAAUUGAUAGAUGAUAAUUAUGAAUGUAGCAAGUUUAAUUAUCCUUGUUCUCAGAUAUGUAAAUCAACUGGAUUAAUAGGUUAUACUUGUUCGUGUUAUAGCAAUUUUAUACUUCAAGAUGAUAAAAGAAGUUGUUGUAAUACUUAUAGGGAUUAUUGUUACUGCGCAUUUCCUAGUGUCUAUUCUAAUUUAAAUAAAAAAUGUAUCAUGAAUCCUUGUGAUAAUUAUAAUGGAGGUUGUGCUCAUAUAUGUGAACUAAUGAAUUCAAUUAUAAAAUGCUCAUGUAAGAAAGGAUAUGAAAUUUCAGAUGAUAAAAAAUCUUGUUGUUUGAAUAAUAUCUGUGAAUGUGGAGAAGGAUACAUUUAUGAUAUUUUAACAAGAAGGUGUAAAAUUAAUAUAUGUGUGGAUACAGAUGCAGAUAUCAAUCAAAUUUUUAAAAAAUGUUUAGCAGAUGAAGAAGACUGUUUAUGUCCUUACAAUAGGAAUUUAUAUUUAGAUAUGUACAUGAAAAAAUAUUGUAAAAUUGACAAAGAAUGUUUUAAUUGUGAUUGUAAAAAUAUUAUCACAAAAUUUAGUAUGUUAUGCCCGUUAUAUAAACCAUGUACAAUAAACCAGUGUUCUCAAAUUUGUUUUGAGUUUCAAAAAAAAAUAUACUGUCAAUGCAAAAUCGGAUAUUUCUUACAUUCUGAUAAAUCCUCAUGUUGUAAAGAUUUUACCAAUGGCAUAUAUGACAAUUGUGAGUGUAAUUCUACUUCAAUAUUAAUUAAAGGAAAUAAGUGUCUAAAUGAUUUAUGUUCUAUCGAAAAUGGAGGAUGUGUCUACAAGUGUAUUAAGAGUACCAAAGGUAAAAUAUGCCUAUGUCCAAGUAAUUUUGUUUUGGGAACUGACGAAAAAUCUUGUUUUUACAAUAGAUGCAUAAUUGAUGGGCAUUCUUGUUCUCAGAUAUGUAUUCCCCUUAAUGAUAAAUUUGUUUGCUCGUGUAAAAAUAAUUAUAUACUUGGAAAAGAUCAAAGAAUUUGUUGUUUAAAAAAUAAUAUUAAAUCAUGUGUAUGCCCUAAUAAUUUUUAUAUAUGCUACGAUAAUACAAUGUGUUGUUUUGAUUUUUGUAAAUUAAAUAAUGGAGGAUGCUCAGAUUUUUGCAAAAUGGAUAUUAAAGGUAAUAUUAACUGUUCUUGUAGAAAAGGGGCUAUAAUGAAGGAAGAUUUGAAAACAUGUAAAUGUGAAAAUAAAGAAUGUAUGCCAAUUUGUUCAAAAAUAAAUAUAGAAAGUUGUGUAUGUCAGGACACAUUUAUUGUUUCAUCUAAUAAAAGUUGUUAUAAAGACAUGUGUUCUGUUGAAUAUUUAAAAUGUGCAGAUAAAUGUAUUAAUGAUUUUGGAAGAAUAAAAUGUACCUGCAAUGAUAUUAAACAAAUUCAGAUAAAUGAGCGUAUAUGUACAAAUGACUUGUGUAAUGAAAUUAAAUGUACCUAUAGUUGCCAAGUAUAUGACGGUAUACCAAAAUGUUUAUGUCCAUUAGAAAAAAUUUUGGCUAAUGAUCAAAUUACCUGUAUAGAUAACCCAUGCUUUAGCAAGAAUUGCAGUCACAAUUGCUCAUUUAUAGAUGACAUCCCCAAAUGUUAUUGUUUACCUAAUUUUAUAUUAGGAUCAGACGGCAAAACAUGUUUCUCUAAUAAAUGCUUGCAGAAAGUUUGUAAUCAAUCGUGUGAAAUUAAUUAUUUCGACGGUAGUACAAAUUGUGCCUGUUUAGAAAAUUAUGUCUCAAUAGAAUCUGGAAAAUAUUGUGUAAAAGAUGAAUGCAACAAAACAUGUGAACAUAUUUGUAAAUAUGACAACGUAUCAAAUAGAUUUAAAUGCGCUUGUUAUAAUAACACUUUUAUAUUGGGAAAUGAUGGAAUUCAUUGUUAUUUUAAUUCAUGUUCAAUAAAUAAUGGUGGAUGUGCAGAAGAGUGCAAGUUUAAUGCAAAAGAUGGUAGUUCUAUGUGCGGGUGUAGAAAUAUUUUGCAGCCUCAAGCUUUAAAUUUUAUGGCAUGUUGCGAUAGCCAGGGUAAAAAUUGUAAAUGCAAUAAUGAGUUUGCUAUCUUAAAUAAUGAAAAAACAUGGUGCACCUCUAAUAUAUGCAAAUUCAGAGAUGAUGAAGAUAAAUGUGGCCACAACUGUGUUGUUGAUGUAAAAUUAGGUGUUAGUGUAUGCAAAUGUGAAUCUAGUUUUUUAUUGGCAAAUGAUAACAAAAGUUGCUUUAAAGAUAAUUGUAAAAUAAAUAAUGGAGGAUGCCAAAAAACAUGCGAAAUCGAUAAAUAUACUGGCGUAAUAAAAUGUUUAUGCGAAGAUGGUUUUAUUUUAAUGGAAGAUGGAAAAAAUUGCAUAGAAAAUCCUUGCACUAAAAUAAAAUAUAAAAUUUGUGCACAUAUAUGCAUUCCUUAUAAAAGUUCCUAUAUCUGUGGGUGUAAUGAUGGAUACAUUCUAGAUCCAGAUAAUUCCACUUGUUGUAAUAUAGAAACAGGACUUUGUGAUUGCAAUGAUAUAACUUAUCUUAGCACAGAUAAACAUCAUUGUUGGUUUAGUGCAUGUAGUGUCAAUCUGGGGAAUUGUUCUACAAGAUGUAAUAUUUACAUGGAUAGUGGCCUGGUUGAAUGUUCAUGUCGUACCAAUUACAUACUUGAUCCUACUAAUGGAAAAAAAUGUAUUUUAGAUCCAUGUUUUUCAACAAAUGGUGGAUGUGAGCAUGAAUGCUACGUUGGAAUGUUUCAAAAUAAACUGUGCAGAUGUAAUUCUGGAUUUAUAUUGAGAGAAGACAAGUAA